ACGUCAUUAGUUGGUAAACAAAAACACAUUGCGCUCUUACCGCACCGACCGUUUCGGUUACCUUUGUGGAAAAAGAAAAUGGAUUAAAAGUGUUGCUGUAGCUGUACGCACAAUGUCCAGCAUUGUAUUCAAUACCCUCCGGACGUACUGUCUGUCCGGAUUCCGCACACGGCUACUGCAGCGGCAACUGUUUAUCACGCGCGCACUACGCGUAUCACCAGCCGCCGGGUUUGCACAUCGGAAAGCGAAAGAUGAAUUUCCGCAGCUCGAGGCGGCUCACAGUGCAGACUACUUUGGCACGCUAUCACCACAGGUGGAUGGGCCGGAAACGCCCGACGAAGGUGAUCUGAGGGAGGAGGACUAUUUGCAAAACAUACCAAGCCCGGGGCAAAAGCUUUCAGUGCGCCAGUACGCCGAUAUGAUAAAGGAUCACCUCAAAAACAAUCGCAUACGGGAAGCGCUGGAUGUGGUCGAGGUGCGCAUGAAGCGGGACCGGGUGAAGCCCGUCAACUACCACUUUAACCUGUUGAUCGGCGGAUGUGCCCGGGUCGGCUACAGCAAGAAAGCGUUCCAGCUGUACAACAAGAUGAAGCAGCACGGUCUGAAGGUGACGGGCGGAACGUACACGUCGUUGUUCAAUGCCUGCGCCACCAGCCCGUUUCUCGGCGAUGGACUCGGGCGGGCGAACGGGCUGCGGGAGCUUAUGCUGGAGAAGGGAUACGAACCGAACGAGUCGAACUAUAAUGCCAUGAUCAAGGCGUACGGUCGGUGCGGCGAUCUGAAGACCGCAUUCCAGCUGGCCGACGAAAUGGUGGCCCGCCGACUGAAUGUCGCGACGGAUACGUUCAACUUUUUGCUGCAGGCCUGCAUUAGCGAUCGUGAGUACGGGUUCCGGCAUGCGCUGCUGGUGUGGCACCGGAUGCACCGGAUGCGGAUCAGCCCGGAUCGGUACUCGUUCAAUCUGCUGCUCCGGUCCGUGCGCGACUGUCACCUAGGUGAUCUGGAAACGACGGAGCAGGUGAUCGGACAGAUCCUUAGCCAAAGCAUCGCAGCUGGACAGCAACAGCAACAGCUGACUGGAGGGGCCGCAGAAGGCACGCUUGCUGCAGUGGCGGGAGACGGGGACAGCCGCGAGCUGACCGAGCGGCUCAAUCACGAAGGUGUUCCGGAUCUGCUAUCGGCCAGCCCGCACUUGGGCAGCCUGGUAAAGCUGGGCGAGGUGCGCAAGGCGGAGGAUCGUUUGCUGUUGCUCGGCGGCACAACGAACGUUUUGGCCGAGAUGAAGCGAUACAACGUUGAACCGGACAUACGCACCAUGACCGAGCUGCUGGACGUGAUUCCACCCACGUACGCAGCGGAAAAGCUGCUGCUGACCACGAUCAAGCAGCUGAAGCUGGCGUGCGAUAUCGAUUUUUUCAACGUGCUCAUCAAGAAACGUUCGAUGCGGUUUGAUUACGAAGGUGCCAAGGAUGUGCUGUACAUGAUUGAGGCAGCGAACCUGGAACCGGACAUCGUCACGUACGGCGUGCUGGCACUUGGCUGCACCACCCAGGACGAAGCCCGCGCGUUGCUGCGUACGAUGGAACAGGCGGGCGUACGCAUGAACAUACAGAUACUCGGCGCAAUGCUACGGCAAGGUUGCGCAAAGCACAACUUUCGCUACGUCACGGAAGUGCUGAGUAUCGCGAAGCGCGAACGGCUGAAACCGAACGAACCGUUCCUGCGCCAUCUGGACGAGUUUGGCAAGGUGUGCGAAAAGCGCGACCGCGAGUUUGAUGCGAAACCGCGCAAAAAGGGACGAGACGAGUUUAAGGCAGAGUACAACCGCUUCCGGAUGCAGCUGGACGCAUGGCGCGAACACAUGGGCCUCCACGGGCUGGCACUGGAGCAGGCGGCCGGGAUCGUGCGCGAGCAUCCGUGGGAACAGUUCCAGCAGCCGCAGCCCGACGGGUUUGAGCCGGUGAAAAAUCCAAAGCUGCGGCACGCACGCAAAAAGCAGCACUCGAUACGCCGAGUCGAUGUGGAAGCGAUCGAUUCGGACGGGGAGCGCGAGCCGCCGGGCGGCGUAAGAUUGGUACGCGACGGAACGCAAUGAGACAAAUAAAGCGAACAAGCCGCCAGUAGAAGCGAGUGUAGCGUAGCUAAACGAAACAAAAAA